AUGCACUACAAGAUACUCAUUCUUACAUACAAAGUCGAUAUUUCUGUUUCAUCUGGAAGUGCCAACCUGACUAGCGCGGCAUGGAAUCGCAAUGACGAGCUUCUUGUUCAAACGAUGGGCCCUCCAGGGUACGUGGCCCAGGCAAUGUUUGAACGGUUGUUCGAGCGGAGCCUGAAGACCGAUCCUGUCUUCGAUCUGACUCCUACCGAGCCCACUGGUUUCGGGAGUGAGGCUACCGGUUACUCGCAGGCACGGUCAAUGCCGCCUGCGUGUGAAUCUACGAGGCGAAACAUUGGCCCCCGCCGCCGACUACGUCGUCGUCGCAGAGUCCGUUUCCCGAAUCGGAGCUCGUCACGGGGCAACGCCAAUGGCCGUAACACCAAAGCCAACCUCACGGCUGAGGGUCUCGUCUUCGUGGGUCUCACAUACUGCGAGAACGAGUGCUCGGUGCAGUCUGUGACGGCGCAGAUCCCGGUGGUCAUUGAGCAGAUCCGCAGCAUCGUCAAGAACGACUCACGCUUCGGCUACCAUUUCGUGGAUGGUUGGACGAUAGAGCGUUGA